AUGGCGCUCCUCUCUUGCCGCAUCUCCGUCAUCGCCGGGAAGCCGAGCCCAGGGUUCCGGCUGCGGUCGCCGGCGAGGAGCGGCGAAUCGUCGGUCGGAUUCUCCUCCGAAAGCGGCCGCCGGAACCCUAGACUCUCCUCGUUUCCGGCUCCUUCCGCGGCGCAAUGGGACGAACGGCGCGGCGAGACCCCCGGCGAGGGGCGAGGGAAGAAGCAGAAGCCCCCGAAGAGGAAGCCGGAGGAGGACAAGCGGAAGGGGCUUGGGGAUCUGGUGGCCGGCGUCGGUGGCUUGGUGGAGGUCCCUGAAAAUUUGGAUGAUGUGAUAGAGAAGGUGGAAGUAUCGACCUCUGAGAUUAUUGACGAGUUGAGAGAACUGGCGGAAGAAGCGGUCACAGAGGCCUCAGGGAUUCCGGAUGAGUGGGGGGAGAGGGCAGAACCUGAGGCCGAGCCGCCGGCGGAGCCGGAUCUCCCUAGGGACGAUGACGAAUGGGGGAGAGAUCCGGGGAACGGUGCCUCUCCGGCUCUCCCGGAUGAGGAUGUACUCGGGGAUCUGAAGCGGUGCCUUGUGGACUCAUUGUAUGGGACGGAGUAUGGAUUGAAGGCCUCGUCCGAGGUCAGGGGGGAGGUGUUGGACCUGGUUAACCAACUGGAGAUAAAGAACCCAACUCCUGCACCUAUGGAAGCACUGAAGCUUCUGGAUGGGAACUGGAUCCUACUGUGAGUCGAUGCCUCCUUUUUUUCGGGUCAUUUUUCUGAGAUUAUUUGCGUGCCUGAUAUAUUAGCACUGACGUUCUAUGCAUGCUAGGUAAUCCUCAUUUCGUUGAACAACUAUGAAAUACAUCGAACCAGUGUCCAGUAGCAAUCAACUAGAGAGUUCGAACUUUUGUAUUUGAAAAUUCUCAUCUCAAUUGUCGAUCUCAUCUCUCCCUUCUCAGCAUUUCCUGUCAUUGUUUCAUAUGUUUGAACUCAAAAUAUCGAUAUGCAUUUUGUUCAUUUCUUACAUUGAUGCUCAUGCGAUCGAGGCUUCGCUUUUAUCUCUCCCGUCUGAAAUCAUCUAAUUCUGAUAACCAUGCUCGCUGUUGCUGUUAAUUUUUUCUUCAUUGGAAAACAUGGCCCACAAAAAGGACAAUCGCACAAGAAAUCAACUCAUGUAAAUUAAUUAUACGAGAAUUAAAAUCCUCUGCUGUGUCCCUCCAUCUUGGUUGUCUGCCUGGGCCCUUGCCUUGCUUUAGGCCUCUCUUCGGCUUACCCAUCUCCUGAGAGGGAUUACCAAAUUGUAAAAUUGGGGAAAUAGGAAAGCUAGGCAGAAAGUGAUAAACAUGCCUAAUUGAAACCAUUGGAUAAGAAAUUCCGAUAGAAUAAAAAGAAGUACAAGUAUGAAACCAUACCAAAAGUAUAUUGAUGUAUAUUGACGUAUAACUCUAUAACUGAGAAGGAAGUUGUUCUUAGGCUCUAGGAUGAAAUAAUCUCUCUUUUUCCGUCUCUGUUUAACGUAAUCUCUCUCAUGAUGCAUGAGUUCAUCUCCUGUACGAUAACCUUUCAUUUUUAGGUUUCUUUUUCUUUGAUACUCGUUCUUUUUUGUAUGCCCUGAUGGUUGGCUGGCUGCAGCUUGGAACGAGGCCGGCGUGUUUUUAGUUGGGUAGAUAAAUAUGUUCAUGGAUUUGUUUUUGGUUUCACUCAGGUACACGGCAUUCUCUGAGCUGCUACCUCUUAUUGCCAUUGGGUCGGUACCCCUGUUAAAAGUCAAAAGGAUUUCCCAAGAAAUCGACACUCAAAGUUUGACCAUAAAAAAUUCUACGACGAUUUCCAGCCCUUUUGCGAGUUUCUCGUUCAGCGCAUCUGCCUCCUUUGAAGUCCAAACCCCAUCAAGAAUACAGGUAUGGCACUCUCGAGCAUCAGCAUGGUAUCGGUGGUCUGAUAGGUAGCAACAUUAGUUGAUCACCCAUGAAAAUCAAAACGUGAUAAUGUUUCUAUCGUGAUGGUGUGUGAUCAUUUCUUCUGCGUGGCAAGAAAAUUAUUCGCUCGGUCAACGAUGAAUCCACUUUUUUUUUUUCAAAUGAUCUUGGUGAAAAUCUUGGUCAACUGCAAUCCAGUGCGUUUCCAUCUCUGUCAGUAAUUGUUUGACGAGUAUUGAAACGGGGAAAAAAAAAGGUGAAAGCCCUCUUGAUUCCAUCUCUGCUGUAAAUAUCAUGCCCCAUUUCCAUCAACUUGUUCUUGAGUUAUAACGGUUGAUUCAUCAAUUAUUCGUGAAUUCAUCCGUAAAAUAUAUGAUAUUAUGUAAUAUUUCUGUAUUCAAAUGAUACGGAUAAUGAAUAUCACACCUAUGUUUCAUCAAUUUGUUCUUGAAUUAUAGCAAUUAGUUCAUCAACUACUUGUAAAAUAGUUUGGUGCUAAAGAUCAUGUCAUUUGUCCUCGAAUCAUCGUGCCCAAUUUUCCUUCAUCUGUCCUCGAAUCAUCGUAGCCUUUUUUUUUUUUUCAUCGACUUGUUCUUGAAUUAUAGCAAUUAAUUCAUCAAAUAUUCCUGGAUACGCGUGCAUCAUGAAUGAUAUGGUGAUUCAUUUAAAGAUGUGAUCAAUGAAAUAUAUAUAUCAUGCUUCGUUUUCAUUAGAUUCGUCUUGAAUGAUGACAGUGAUUUCUACACCACCAUCUGCUGAUCUUUUCUGUCGCAUAAUGUGGCGUUAUUCAUCUGGGCAUCAAUUGGUUUUAUGCGCAGGUCCAGUUCAGGGAAGGCUCGUUUGACCCGCCAGAGAUAUCGCAGACCGUUGACCUGCCAGAGAGCACCGAGGUCUUCGGCCGGAGCGUCGACCUGCUGCCUCUCCGGCAGACUCUCGGCCCUCUGCAGGAGGCGGCGGCAGCCGUCGCCCGCGCCGUCUCCGGUCAGCCCCCUUUUAAGGUCCCCAUCCCCGGCGAGAGGACCCAGUCAUGGCUGCUCACCACCUUCCUUGACGAGGACCUCCGCAUUUCCAGGGGCGACGGCGGCCUCUUCGUGCUGGUCCGUGAGGGCAGCCCCCUGCUGGACCUUCUCUGA